AUGGUCAUGGUGGACGAAAGGACUCCGCUCACGUCGGAACCGACGCCUGCAUUGUCGGGUCCUUCCGGUGGUAACGUGCACCAUCUCAAGUCUCAUGAAACCCUUCGCGAGCGCCAGGUGCGCCGAUUCCAGUGUUGGAUCUGUUCGGCAAUACUUGGAGCUUUUGGGUUAGCCGUUUUGAUCAGUAUAAGUUACAUCAUAUUUGGCGAUGCAACGAAGACGCCCCUCGAUGGGGCUAACACCACGGCGGCGGAUUUUCCUGAGCUACUAAAUCUCAUUAGCUUCCCACUAGCCGAUGAACCCACUCCUCAGUGGUCGGAACCGGAUAUCACCGACGAAGCAAAGGCGGCCGCCAUCGCCGAAGGUGAAAAAGACCUCGGUGACAAAGAGCUGCUGGAGGAAACCCUUUCAUCCCCUCCGGUCCAGUCGCCCUCUUUCCGACAUCAAAAGUCGGUUGGAGCAACGGUGGCCGCUCGGUUGGCCGCUAAGGUUGGCUUCGUGGAGGAUCGUGCUACGAAAGCGCUCCUGCGAAAGGUUAGCAACCGCCAGCGGAAGGGAUCGGUUGGCAGGGGACCGAAGAUCGAUCUACCGCGGUUGCUCCACCGGGGCGAGUGUGACUUUAAUGCCCGAUACCGAACCGCUAAUGGAACCUGCAAUAAUAAGGAGUAUCCGCACGAGUACGGUGUAGCGAUGAUACCGUUCCGCCGUCAGCUAAAUCCGGACUACGGUGAUGGCAUUUCCGCCCCACGUGUCGGCGUCGAUGGAACGGAGCUGCCGAGUGCGCGACACGUUUCGCUCGACAUCCAUCGGCCAUCGUACCGGAGUGAUCCCAAUUUUUCCGUCAUGCUCGCGGUGUGGGGACAGUUUCUGGAUCACGAUAUCACGUCAACGGCACUGAACCAGGGCGUCGACGGGAAACCGAUCGAGUGCUGUGACCCGGGACAGCCGCAACAUCCCGAGUGCUUCCCAGUGCCCAUUGGACCGGGCGACCCAUACUUCCAUCAGUACAACGUCACGUGUAUGAACUUUGUCCGCUCGGUUCCCGCUCCAACCGGACACUUCGGUCCCAGGCAGCAACUCAAUCAAGCGACGGCUUUCAUCGACGGUUCGGUCGUGUACGGGUCGGACGAUGAGCGUAUGAGGGCACUGCGGACCGGUGUCGAGGGUCGUCUGCGGAUGUUGCGUACUCCGGACGGACGGGAUCUUCUACCCGUUUCGACCGACCCGCUGGAUGGUUGCAACGAGCAGGAAAUGAACGCGGCCGGCAAGUAUUGCUUUGAGUCGGGAGAUGCUCGGGCAAACGAAAACUUACACCUCACCUCGAUGCAUCUGAUCUGGGCGCGGCACCACAACACUCUAGCCGAGGGGUUGGCCAAAGUGAACCCACACUGGGACGAUGAACGACUGUUUCAGGAGGCUCGUCGUAUCCUUGGCGCGCAGAUGCAACACAUCACCUACGGGGAGUUCGUUCCACUGAUCGUCGGAAACGAGACAGCGGUAGGGAUGGGACUCGUACCCGAUCCGGAGAGUGGCCGUGACACCUACAACGUGUCCGUGGACGCGUCGAUUGCGAACGUGUUCGCUGGCGCCGCGUUCCGAUUCGCACACACGCUUCUGCCGGGGUUGAUGAAGAAAACGCGCAAUCCGGCCGCUUCCGCAUCGGGCGUGGAGUUGCACAAGAUGCUAUUCAACCCGUACGCGCUUUACGCACGCGGUGGGUUGGACGAUGCACUCGGCGGAGCAAUUAGCACCGAGUUGGCCCGGUACGAUCAGUACUUCUCACCCGAACUAACCGAGAAGCUGUUCGAGCGUGCCGACGAACACCUACUCCACGGGCAACCGUGUGGAUUGGAUCUGGUUUCGCUGAACAUUCAGCGCGGCCGGGAUCACGGUCUUCCGGCUUACCCGAGCUGGAGAAAACACUGCCAUUUGACGCCGGCCGACAGCUGGGAUGAGUUGGAAAAGAUUGCCGAUCCGGUAUCGUUCGCGCAGAUGAAGGCUAUCUUCCACGACCCGGCCAAUGUGGACGUCUAUUCGGGGGCGCUCAGUGAACCGCCGGUGAAGGAUGGCAUCGUCGGGCCUCUACUAACGUGUCUCAUUGCGGACCAGUUCGUCCGACUGAAGCAAGGUGAUUCGUUUUGGUACGAGCGUCGUCAAGGACCACAACGGUUCACGGAAGGCCAACUACAGCAGAUCUACGAUACGAAGCUAUCGAGCAUUAUCUGUCGCAACUCGGACACCAUCGAGCAGUCGCCGGUCUACCUCAUGAAGCGCACCGACCCACAGACGAACCCCGAGACGAACUGCAACCAGCUGGAUACGUUCGACUUCGACCAGUUUAGGGAGGACCGUGAGUAUCACCACAAUCGCCAUGCAAAGAUCGCCACCGAUCGGAUGAAGGUGUUGGUAAUGGCACCGAAGACCACUGUGACUGCCACCCCCGGAGUCACCACAACCGCCACGAUGAUGGACGGGAAGGAGCCGGUUACGGAACUUGAAACGACAACCAACGAACCGCUUCCAUCGACUACGGGUGCUUCGGUUUAAAGAUCGUCUAAAACACUUCAAAAGCAUGCCGGUUGUUAAGCUCUACAACAAUCAAACGACUCUAAUUCACCAUUAAUCAUUAAGAAGUGUCAAGUUUUGUUGUUUUUCAUGUGAAUCAUUAUGUUUACCGGCAGAGCAA